UUCCGCCCUCCUGGAGUCGUUGCUUGUCGCUGCGGUCCGGGCAGGAGCGAAGAUGCUGUCGGUGCUUCCGCGGGUGGAGCGGCUGUCGUCGCGGGUGGUUCGCGUGCUGGGCUGCAACCCGGGGCCCAUGACCCUGCAGGGCACCAACACCUACUUGGUGGGCACCGGGCCCAGACGGAUCCUUAUUGAUACAGGAGAACCAUCUGUCCCUGAAUAUAUUAGCUGUUUGAAACAAGCACUCAAUGAAUUCAACAUCUCGAUCCAGGAAAUUUUGGUAACACACUGGCACUAUGAUCACAUGGGAGGCAUACCUGAUAUUUGUAAAAACAUUCCCACUAUAGCUUCUGAAUAUUCCAUAAGUAAACUUCCACGUAACCCACAUCGUGAAGAAAUAAUAGGAGAAGGGAAGCAAAAGUAUUCAUACUUGAAUGAUGGAGAUGUUUUAAAAGCGGAGGGAGCUACUCUCAGAGUUUUAUAUACUCCUGGACAUACAGAUGAUCAUAUGGUUUUACAUCUUCUAGAAGAAAAUGCUGUAUUUUCUGGUGACUGUAUUUUAGGGGAAGGAACAGCCGUAUUUGAAGACCUUUAUGAUUAUAUGAAAUCACUGGAAAAGCUCCUGGAAAUCAAAUCCGAUUUAAUAUACCCUGGACAUGGUCCAGUAGUCAAAGAUGCAAGAGCUAAAAUCCAAGAAUACAUUUCACACAGAAAUGCACGUGAACAGCAAAUCUUAAAUGUCUUGCAAGAGAAUGCAGGAAAUUCUCUCACAGCAGCAGAACUUGUGAAAAUUGUCUACAAGGACACACCUGAACAUUUGCAUAAAGCUGCAGAAAUUAACCUCACACAUCACUUGAAGAAACUAGGAAAAGAAGGGAAAGUAUUGUAUGAAAACUCUCCCAACUUCAGGUGGAAAAGCAAUUUAUAAAUAUGACGCCAAAACAAAUGCAAGCUGGUGAUGCUCUCUAUUUUGUGAACUGGAAUGGCCCUUUUCGAUACAAAAUCAAUACAGAUGUGUGUGUGUGUUUUCAUGGAAAGGGAUGCUUCAAAAAGUGAAAGUAAUCUGUGAGAGUGAAGCCAUUGAAUUUGAUGUGGUUAUUCCAGUUUUAUCACAAUGAAUUAAAGUGCAAUUGUUUAUAUAUGAA